UUGAGUCUUGUGUGCGUGUUUUGGUGAGCUAUCGUUAAUCUUUCUAAGAUUUAGAAGUGACCAUCCGAUUUAAUAAUGUCUUCGAUAGCGGGGAACUUCAUCUUCCGCAACCUAUUCCGGGCAUCAUUUCGUGAAUACAACACGAAAGCUGUUGGGACACCUACGAAGGAACUAAGCAAGGAUGGGCGCGUCACUUGUACCAUGAUUCCUGGUGACGGCGUAGGACCGGAAUUGAUGUACUCGGUCUCCGAAGUUUUUAAAGCUGCCGAUGUUCCGGUGGACUUCGAGACGCUGUUUCUCUCGGAAGUCAACCCGACGCUAAGUUCACCCCUGGAAGAUGUUGUACGUUCGAUCAACAGAAACAAGGUCUGCCUGAAGGGUAUCUUGACGACACCCGAUUACAGUCGAACCGGCGAGCUGGAAACGUUGAACAUGAAACUACGCAACGAACUGGACCUAUACGCAAAUGUAGUCCAUGUGGUCAGUUUGGAAGGUGUCAACACUCGCCAUAAGAAUAUCGACGCCGUAAUUAUUCGCGAACAAACGGAGGGAGAAUACUCUGCUCUGGAGCAUGAAACCAUUCCGGGUGUUAUCGAAUGUUUAAAGGUUAUCACGGCUAAGAAGUCUUUGCGGAUUGCCAAGUUCGCUUUUGAUUAUGCAGUCAAGCACAACCGUAAGAAGAUCACUUGCGUCCAUAAGGCCAACAUUAUGAAACUGUGCGAUGGGCUGUUCGUAAACAAAUGCGAAGAAAUUGGUAAAUUGUACCCUCGCAUCAAGUUCGAAAAGAUGAUUGUGGACAACACCACGAUGCAGCUAGUGAGCAACCCAAACCAGUUCGAUGUGAUGGUGGCCCCGAAUUUGUAUGGGAAUAUCAUAGACAAUAUCGCUUCCGGUCUAGUUGGAGGUGCGGGAGUUGUUGCCGGUGCUUCCUACUCGGCUCAGCAUGCCGUUUUUGAACCUGGUGCACGCCACUCUUUCGCUGAGGGUUUCGGUAAGAAUAUUGCCAACCCGACGGCCAUGCUGCUGUGUUCUUCCAAGAUGUUGCGACACGUCAACCUGUUACAUUACAGCCACAUGAUUUUCGAGGCCGUUCAAAAUGUGCUGAAAUCGGGCAAAGUUCGCACCAAGGAUUUGGGAGGCCAAUCGACCACCAACGAGUUCACAAAAGCUGUUAUUAGCAAUUUGCGAUAGGUCAUGAUCUUACAACCGAUUUGGAUUGGAAGCGACAAAAUGCAACAUUAUAAUUUCAACAAAAUAUUCCAUAUUGAUUUCUUUUGUAUAUACCUAUCUACGCAUAUGCCAAAUAGAUAAUAAGGGUAACCACAGAACCAAGAAAAACAGAAAUUGGAAAUCCCAGCAGAAUAAACUUUGAAAA